CCGUGGCAGUCGAUGUGUGAACAUCUGAGGUCCCUUCCUGAGCAUUGCGAUUUCCAUGCAACAUUCAUGCCUGUGUGCUGGGGUUUCACGUUACAGGUUAUCUGCAUUAAAAUAACAGCAGUCCUGAUGGUUUGAGUCAGUUUUCAAAACUGCCCUGCUAUUGGUAGGGACGCGACAGGAUUACAGCCAAGACUUCCCUGCAUUUUCUGCCAAAGUCUCUGUCAGAUUUAAGACACAUGCUUCCGCAACCUUCCAUGAGGGUUGUAAAAAAAGUCUGAAUCCAGAAUUGGGUUCCAGCCUUCUGUGGCUGCAAACAUUGGUGGCCACACCACCUCCUUACAAAGCAACUAGAACCUGGGGCAGAGGGUGGAGAGAUUUUUUUUUUUAAUUUGCUGGACAUGAAAUGAAUUUAGAGUGCUUUUUCGUGUCAAGUGGAAGUCAUGUCCACCUCCUGAUUAUUUUUGGAGCAUGAGUGCAUUUAAUUUUUUUUCAUCUCUCUCCCCGCAUAAGAUUGAGCAAAAACGUUCCUUGACUAAUUGAAGUCAUUUCAUUGGAUUUUGAUCACAACUGAUUAUUUGGGUUUUUUCCAUGUGAAGUCUUGGGGUUUCGAACUUUCCUUCUGGAGAAUGCCUUUUGAAACAGUUUUCUCUAGCUGCCUGAUGUCAACUGCUUGGUAAUCGGUGGACAUUAAAAUACUCAAAAUGUACAGACAGUGGGCCGUGGUGAAUGUUUUCAUGAUGUCUUAUCUACAGUUGGUGCACAGCUCCAGUUAUGAGCAUGGACCAGUGAAGCGGGCAUCUCGGUCAACGUUAGAGCGGUCUGAACAGCAGAUUAGGGCAGCUUCUGGUUUGGAAGAACUGCUGCGGAUCACACACUUCGAGGACUGGAAGCUCUGGAGAUGCCGACUGAAGCUCAAAAGUUUGACCAGCACAGACUCUCGCUCAGCAUCCCAUCGGGCCACCAGGUUUGCGGCAACUUUCUAUGACAUUGAAACCCUAAAAGUCAUAGACGAGGAGUGGCAGCGGACGCAGUGCAGCCCCCGGGAGACGUGCGUGGAGGUGGCCAGCGAGCUGGGGAGGAGCACCGACACGUUCUUCAAGCCGCCCUGCGUGAACGUGUUCCGCUGUGGCGGCUGCUGCAACGAGGAGAGCCUCGUCUGUAUGAACACGAGCACCUCCUACGUCUCCAAACAGCUCUUUGAGAUAUCAGUGCCUUUGACUUCAGUACCUGAAUUAGUGCCUGUUAAGGUGGCCAACCAUACAGGUUGUAAGUGCCUGCCAACGGCUCCCCGCCAUCCAUACUCCAUUAUCAGAAGAUCCAUCCAGAUCCCAGAAGAAGAUCACUGUUCCCAUUCCAAGCAACUCUGUCCUGUUGACAUGCUAUGGGAUAGCGACAAAUGUAAAUGUGUUUUACAGGAGGAGAAUCCACUCGUUGGAAUGGAAGACCACUCUCACCUCCAGGAACUGGCUCUCUGCGGGCCGCACAUGAAGUUUGACGACGAUCGUUGCGAGUGUGUCUGUAAAACACCGUGUCCCAGAGAUCUCAUCCAGCACCCAGAAAACUGCAGUUGCAUGGAGUGCAGAGAGAGCCUGGAGAGCUGCUGCCAGAAGCACAAGAUAUUUCACGCAGACACCUGCAGCUGUGAGGACAGAUGUCCCUUUCACACCAGAACAUGUGCGCAUGGAAGACCAGCAUGUGCAAAGCACUGCCGCUUUCCGAAGGAGAAAAGGGCUGCCUAUGGGUUCCAUGGUCAAGAAAAUCCUUGACUCAACUUGGUUCCUGAGUUCCCCAUCCCUAACAUUUUAAACAGCAUGCUGCUUUGCCAAGUUGCUGUCACUGAUUGUUUUUUUUUCCCCACGUACAAGAAAAAAAAAUCUGUUUUACCCAGUCCCACAAUGAAUUCAGACCACCCUUCCAUUACACACCAGCUGAGGCUUCCCUGGUUCACUGACAGAUGACUGCCAACUGAAGAUGCCCCUGCACAGCAGGAUGGAGAGGAGGGAACCUGUAGCAGCCCCCUCCCUUUUUUUUUUGGUGAAUGUUAAAGGUCUGAUCAUCCUAGAAUCACAGGGGCCAUAAAAUUGAUUACUCAAAGCCAACAAGGCAAUUUUAUAGUCUCCAAGUCCUUCGCUAAUGCAGCUGUCUUGUGAAUUCUUCUGACUCUUUAUUAUGCAGAUUUUGAUUUGUAUGAUCAGCACUGAUUUUCUGAUUACUGUCCAGCUUGUAGUUUUGAGUUUACUGAACUACUGUCUGUUGUUUCAUAUUUAAGUGUAUUUAAAGAAAAUAAACACCAUUAUUCAAGCCGUGGAA